CAACUGUCUUUGUUCUUUUCGAAAUACUGGCAUACCACAUCAAAUUCGAUUAACAUCCUUUGUGCCUCCGACCCUUUGUUCUUCUUUUCCCCCAGGACACAGAACCAGUUCUUUACCACUAUAUUCCAUUGCCUGUCUGAUACUCGAUAUCUUACUCUUGGCGAAAAUGAAUCCAACCUCCUCCUUCAAGGACCCUCGUCAUUCGAUCUCUUUCCUUCUUUCGCGUCCUGACAGUCCCUCCACUCAAGAAGGGAAGCCCUCACGGUCUACAAGCUCUCUUAGUUGGACUUCAACUGCGACUGCGAUAGAAGAUGUGUUGUCUCCGUUCCUCAGCUCCCGUUCCACAACAGUCGAGCCGUCCUCACAAAUGGCCUGGUAUGAUAAGGACGUCUUUGCCUUGCCACUUCCAGACUCCGGUGUAUUGACCCCACGGACCAGAUGGCUUAGUCCACCCACCAUCAGUGGACCUUCGGACGUUCGUGGCCACAGCCGUCCUAUAACUCCCUUGAAGCCGGCCCCUCAACAGCGCAGUAAGGGAAAGGCCCGGGCGACUCUAACGCCUCUAUUGACCCGGCGCCACGGAGGGCAUUUCCUUUGUCAACCUUGCCUACCCGACUCGAUCUUGCGAAGCCACGAACCAUGGUGGGCCCUCCAGCCAGAUAAUCCCUGGGACGUCACCUAUGUGAACUACGAGUCAGCGCUCACAACCUAUGGCGCUUACAUGUUACAGAGAAUCGAACUCAUCCCAACCAGACCAAACACACAGGUUCCGGGCAUCAGUAUCUUGAACAUACUGCAGGAAGACGACGCCAUCCUUGACGGUGAUAAAGCCAUCGACAUCGAUAGCGCUGUGGUGGAGCUUCGAUACAAAGGUCGGAAAGAAAAGGUUCAGCUGCGCUGUUGCCAUUCAUCAAUCACAACCCAUGGGUUGGCGUACUUGAUGUCCACUCAUAUCUAUCAUCACUUGGAAGCGCAGUCGAACGCUCCGAGUAACCUCUACAGCAUUGGAAAUGUCCUCAACGCACGUUUGGUGUCUAUCUACAGUAUGGAGCCUGGUAUCUGGGUUCCGGAGAUCGCUUUCGUACUAUGAAGUUCAAUGGCCUUAUGAUAAUGUUAGUUCCCAGCAGGGAAUUAUUUACGUGAGGAAUUGGAUAUCGCCAUCACUUGUCCAAUAUCAUUCUCAGAGCACAUCGGGGUUUGUUUCUCCUGUGGGCUUGUGUUAAAUGAAGCUGAGGUCGUGUACUCUAGAUGCUCGGCGGUAUGAUAACCUUGAGGAGCUGACAGUCAUUCAUUCGCUGCCGCGCUGGGUUCCCACGACCCCUUACAUGCCAAACAAACGCAUCUUCCUGGUCUUCCGCCUCCUUGUUUAGACGGCGACCCCACUCACUGUUACACGCUUCAGUAUAACAUUCAGUUCAGCCUAACCUCGAUGUCGCGUCUAAAACGUCCCAAGUUUACAUAACCGUUCUUCGGGAGCUCGGAUCAACGAAUCUGUAACUGUA